AUGGAUCUUAUUCUGAGAAAGCUGGUGAAUGGCAAAAUCAUAGGUCCUAGUGCUGUUCCUCAAACUUUAAAAAUACAACUGGCCAUCUCCUUGACUAAUGGUUCAAUGUGUCAUCACACCUCCUUCAGCCCACAGUGUCACACCUCCUUCAGCCCACAGUGUCACACCUCCUUCAGGCCACAAUGUAGUCACACCUCCUUUAGCCCACAGUAUCACACCUCCUAUAGCCCACAGUGUCACACCUCCUUCAGCCCACAGUGUCACACCUCCUAUAGCCCACAGUGUCACACCUCCUUCAGCCCACAGAGUCACACCUCCUUCAGCCCACAGUGUCACACCUCCUUCAGCCCACAGUGUCACACCUCCUUUAGCCCACAGUGUCACACCUCCUUCAGCCCACAGAGUCACAUCUCCUUCAGCCCACAGUGUCACACCUCCUUCAGCCCACAGAGUCACACCUCCUUCGCCCACAGUGUCACACCUCCUUCAGCCCACAGUGUCACACCUCCUUCAGCCCACAGAGUCACAUCUCCUUCAGCCCACAGUGUCACACCUCCUUCAGCCCACAGAGUCACACCUCCUUCAGCCCACAGUGUCACACCUCCUUCAGCCCACAGUGUCACACCUCCUUCAGCCCACAGUGUCACACCUCCUUCAGCCCACAGUGUCACACCUCCUUUAGCCCACAGUAUCACACCUCCUAUAGCCCACAGUGUCACACCUCCUUCAGCCCACAGAGUCACACCUCCUUCAGCCCACAGUGUCACACCUCCUUCAGCCCACAGUGUCACACCUCCUUUAGCCCACAGUAUCACACCUCCUAUAGCCCACAGUGUCUCACCUCCUUCAGCCCACAGAGUCACACCUCCUUCAGCCCACAGUGUCACACCUCCUUCAGCCCACAGUGUCACACCUCCUUCAGCCCACAGUGUCACACCUCCUUCAGCCCACAGUGUCACACCUCCUUUAGCCCACAGUGUCACACCUCCUUCAGCCCACAGUGUCACACCUCCUUUAGCCCACAGUAUCACACCUCCUUCAGCCCACAGUGUCACACCUCCUUCAGCCCACAGUGUCACACCUCCUUCAGGCCACAGUGUCACACCUCCUUCAGCCCACAGAGUCACACCUCCUUCAGCCCACAGUGUCACACCUCCUUCAGCCCACAGAGUCACACCUCCUUCAGCCCACAGUGUCACACCUCCUUCAGCCCACAGUGUCACACCUCCUUCAGCCCACAGUGUCACAUCUCCUUUAGCCCACAGUAUCACACCUCCUUCAGCCCACAGAGUCACAUCUCCUUCAGCCCACAGUAUCACACCUCCUAAUCCUUCCCAAACUGGUCUACUUACUGGGGACUAA